AUGCGACCCUCAAUGCGCCUCCCUCUGCGGGAGGCAAACUUUAUCUGUUCCAGCUGCAAAAUUCAAGCCACUCCCCGUAUAUCUCCGCUCGGUCCAACCCGCCGCUAUGCCUCCGACUCCUCCCCCGGAAUCCUCGAGCGCGCUCGGCGCAAGAUUUGGGGCACCGACAACCCCCCAGGUCUAGCAGACCCUUACACUGGAAGUCAAAUCAUGCCUGGGGCAGGAAUGAGUCCCGGAGAGCCGGCUCCAGAGGAGGCAUUCAAUCUUGAAGAGGGUCAAGCGCGAUUUGAAGAAAUUGAUGAGAACCUGACCUGGGAGGGAAUGCCCAGGAUUGGUUAUCUCAAGGAGAAAGAAUGGCGUCUGAAGGGUUCGAAAGGACAAGCCGAUAGAGUCAAACCGUGGUACCACAACCCACGACCUUUACCAUACAUGAAUGCUGCGCAUCAAGCUGCCGUGGAGAUUGGUUUGAAGCAAAUGUUGGGCGAAAAGGUCACCGUUGUUAGCAAGAACAACAGCCGAGCGAUCGAAGCCCAGCUCAAGUCAGUUAAGAUCCAAGGUCAAUCUGAUAACUGGGGUGACCGUCUCCGGUUCCCCGACAUUAAGACAAUGGAAUCACUUCUGCGCAAUGCAGCCGGGGCUGUGGACGGCAAAGCCGGCGAGGUCGCGUUCGAGGAGAAGUUGAAGAAAGCUACCGAGCAGGGAGAUCGCCUAUAUGGUGCAGAGUCCAAGGGUCAGAUUCAGAAUAGCCUCAGUUCACUUUCGUUGGCUGAUGGAAACGUCAAGUUUGUUUUCUUCGCCCGCCUCUCCAAACUGAUGUCUCAGCACAUUUCUGACUACACUAUCACCUCUUCCGCCACUACUGGAGAUGUCUUCCGCGCACAGGAGGCACUUCGCAAAAAGACAACCAGAUUGACACCUGUGCUUCUCCACAAGAUUAUGGACAAGAACGGCGCCGCUGAGUUGCCUAAUGUCAAGAUCUCCGACGUCCGCCAGACUCGCCAUGACAAUGAUGAAGAUCUUGGCCGCAAGAAGGCCAUUGUUUCUACGCUCUACAAGAGUGGCUUGAUCACCAAGAGCCUGGGUCAGAAACAAUCACCGCCCUGGAAGCAGGCUAAGAAGACUGAGCUGAAUGCCUAG